AUGGGCCUGCUCGUUUUUCCGGAGACGUGCUGCCACAUCUCUACUACGUCCGAGUCUCACAUCAAGAUUCAUUGUGAAGCCUCUGCCGUUCAAGCGGGCAUUCCAUUAUACUUCUCGAACAUUCAAAGAUUCCAAAGAACCUCCAAAGGAGGAAAAGGAGCAAAAGGACGACAAAAAAAGCAGGAUAAGAAAGAUGAACCCGAGUUUAAGAAUCUGGGUGAAUAUUUCAAAUCAAAAGAAUUCGCCAAGACCAUUUAUUUGACUGUCGGGUCUAUCUUUUUGCUGAACCUAAUCAGCAGUUCAAACCCAAAUGAAAAUCCAGAAACUGACGCUCUCACUUUCCAAGAAUUUAAAACAAAAUAUCUCGAAAAGGGUCUUGUGAAGAAACUUUAUGUGGUGAACAAAUUUUUGGUAGAAGCAGAACUGCUUCCCCAAGCGGUACCUGAAAACAAAGCCCAAACAGGGUUGUUUGGCUCCUUCUCUAGUCCCACGGUCGUUGCAUUCACAAUCGGUUCAGUAGACACUUUUGAAGAACAAAUGGACCAACUACAGGAUAAGUUGAAGAUUUCUCCUGACGAUAGAAUUCCAAUUACAUACGUCGAUCGUGCCUCAGUGUUCCAAUACCUCCUACCUUUCCUUCCAACGAUCAUCCUACUAGGAGGCCUAUAUUUCAUCACAAGAAAAGUUAACGGCGGUGCCAGUGGUGGUGCCGGUGGUGGGGGCCCAUUUGGGGGGAUGUUUGGCGUAGGUAAAUCCAAGGCCAAAUUAUUCAACAAGGAAACAGAUAUUAAGGUGCAAUUUAAAGACGUUGCAGGUUGUAACGAAGCCAAGCAGGAGAUUAUGGAAUUUGUUCAUUUCUUGAAGAACCCUGACAAAUACACAGCACUCGGGGCCAAGAUUCCUCGUGGUGCCAUCUUAUCGGGUCCACCUGGUACAGGUAAGACUUUGUUGGCAAAGGCAACCGCAGGUGAAGCAGGUGUACCAUUUUUGUCUGUCUCUGGUUCUGAAUUCGUAGAAAUGUUUGUCGGUGUGGGUGCUUCUAGAGUUCGUGAUCUUUUCGAACAAGGUAGAAAAAUGGCACCUUCAAUCAUCUUCGUUGAUGAAAUCGAUGCCAUCGGUAAGGAAAGAGGUAAAGGUGGUGCCAUGGGUGGUUCUAACGAUGAAAGGGAAGCCACUUUGAAUCAAUUGUUAGUCGAAAUGGACGGUUUUAGCACUACUGACCAAGUGGUGGUACUAGCCGGUACUAACAGACCUGAUGUUCUGGAUUCGGCUUUGAUGAGACCCGGUAGGUUCGAUAGACACAUUCAAAUCGAUGCUCCCGAUGUCGAAGGAAGAAAAGCUAUCUAUUUGGUUCACAUGAGGAAAUUAAACUUGGACAAGCGCUUUACUACUUUACAGUCCGAACGUGAAGAAUUGGCAGGUAAACUUGCUGCUUUAACUCCAGGGUUUGCCGGUGCUGACAUCGCCAACGCUUGUAAUGAAGCAGCUUUGAUAGCCGCAAGACACAACGAUCCUUGCAUUGAGUUACAUCAUUUCGAACAAGCAAUUGAAAGAGUCAUUGCUGGUUUAGAGAAAAAAUCAAAGGUCUUAUCACCACAGGAGAAGAAAACCGUCGCCUACCAUGAAGCAGGUCAUGCGGUAUGUGGCUGGUACUUACAAUACGCAGAUCCACUGCUGAAAGUCAGUAUCAUACCUCGUGGUCAAGGUGCUCUCGGGUAUGCCCAGUACUUACCACCUGAUCAAUACUUAAUCAGUGAGGAACAAUUCCAUCAUAGAAUGAUCAUGGCCCUUGGAGGUAGAGUCUCUGAAGAAUUACAUUUCCCCUCGGUGACAAGUGGUGCACAUGAUGAUUUUAAGAAAGUUACUCAAAUGGCAAACUCUAUGGUGACCGCUCUGGGGAUGUCUCGAAAAGUUGGAUACGUCUCAUACGAUGAAAACGACGGUGGUUUCCAAGUCAAUAAACCUUUUAGUGACAAAACUGCAAGAACGAUCGAUCUAGAAGUUAAAAAAAUAGUCAAUGAGGCACACGCUAAAUGUAAGAAAUUGCUUACUGAAAACUUGGAGAAAGUUGACAAAGUGGCUAAAGAAUUGUUAACCAAAGAGGCAAUCACACGAGAAGAUAUGAUAAGGUUACUUGGUCCAAGGCCUUUCCCAGAGAGGAACGAAGCUUUUGAAAAGUAUUUGGAUCCAAAGUACGAUAAAAAAAUAGACGAUACGGCGCCAGCAACAAAUUAA